AUGGACGCCAUCUCUAUCGAAGAAGCGAAUAAAAUCCGCGUGGCCAUGGGCAUGAAGCCUCUCCCAGUGCCCGGGAAGUCCAGCAACGACGGCCCGGUAUUCAAAGAGUCGAGGAACGACAACCCGGACGAUGAGCCAGCCAGCACACUCGAGACACGUGCCGCCGCCGGCUACGACAACUGGAAGAAGCUCCAGGACGAAGCCGAAGCUAAGGCUAAGCGACAGGCGCAAAAAGAUGCCAUUCGCAAGGCGCAGGAGAAGGCGCAGAGGUUCAAGAAGAUUGAGGGUCAAGGCCUUGGUGAGACGGGUGGCCAGGGAGAUAUGGACACCAUGACGUGGUUGAAGACCCAGAAGAAGAGACAAAAGGAGAUCGAGAAGGCGCGGAAGCGAGAGCAGGAGGAGGCGGAACGCGAAGCCGAGGUGCUGAAGCAAAUACAGUAUACAUCGGUGGACCUGGCAGGUGUCAAAGUUGGACACGAGUUCGAUCAGUUUGACGAAGGCGGAGAACACAUCCUGACACUCAAAGACGCCGCUGUGGAUGAUGAAGACGAGGGAGACGAGUUGGAGAAUCUAGACUUGCGGGCGAAAGAGAAGCUCACAGAGAAGAUCCGGUUAGCGAGGAGGAAGCCGGUGUACGAUCCCAAUGCGGCGGAUGAAGAUGGCAAGAAGACCAUACUUGCUCAAUACGAUGAAGAGAUUGAUGGGAAGAAGCGAAAGGUGUUUACCUUAGAUGGUCAAGGAAGCACUGCGGAGGCCGCUUCAGCAGCUGUAGGGGACGGUUCACAUAAAGACAGGGGCAUCAAGAUUAGCCUGGACCUGCUGAAGGACGACGUGCCAGUUUCUGAUUACGUUGAUCCUUCAGAAGUCAAGAUCAGCAAGCCGAAAAAGAAGAAAUCAAAAUCAACCAGAAAGAAAGCUGUGGACGACGAUGACAUCUUCCCAGUCCAGGACACCGCAUCUGCCCCACUAGAGACUGGUGCUAUGGAGAUCGACGGAGCAGCACCCAAUGGCAGUGGCGCAGCAUCAAGGAAGCGCGCCUUCAACCAAACAGAUUUUGUGGAUGACGAUGACCUCCAGGCCAGUCUCUCCAUGCAACGACGAGCGGCCCUAAAAAAGCAGAAGAGAAUGCGCCCGGAGGACUUAGCUCGGCAGAUGCGAGAGGAGGCGUCCGCUACCCCUGGUGUUAUUGAAAGCACCGAAAUGCCAGAGGAAGAGCCAGGUUUGGUUAUUGAUGAGACUUCAGAAUUUGUCUCGAAUCUACAGAAGCCUACGGCACCAGAACACCAGCGAAGAAAGAGUCCAGCACAACUAACUGCUCGUGGCGGGUCCGAAGAAGCGGCGUCGCCAGAGCCAGAUGCGGACGGCGAUUUAUCCAUGGCGCAACCCUACGCUAACGUUAACGAUGUGGACGACCGCAAGGAACGCAGCGUAUCCGCGGCCGCCGACAUCACGGCAACAGGUCUCGAAGAGGAAGCGGCCCUUACCACGGGUUUGGGCAGCACACUCAACACCCUAAGACAACGUGGCCUGAUCGGAGGGUCCGCAGGCGACCAAAGUGAAAAGUUUCGGAAGAACCAGUUCUUUCUUGCUGAGAAGAAGAGGAUCGAGGGCGAAGCCGAAGAACAAGCUCGACUCCAACGUGAGCGUGACCGCCAGAACGGCAAGAUGGACCACAUGUCCGCUCGCGAGCGAGAGGAGUACGCUCGCCGUGUGAACCAACAGCGCGAACAGUACGUCUCGCGGAAGCUGGCGGACUUGUUCAACCGCCAGUAUGUACCAAACGUCGAGAUCAAGCACGUUGAUGAGUUCGGACGUCAUAUGAAUGAGAAAGAAGCCUUCAAGAAUAUGUCGCAUCAGUUCCACGGAAAGGGCUCCGGCAAGCAGAAGACGGAGAAGAGGCUCAAGAAGAUUGAAGAUGAGAAGAAGAGGGAGGCUAUGAGCACGCUUGACAGCAGCCAGCACACGGGCAUGAACACUGCCAUGGGUGCUACAGCCAGAAAGAACCGGCUGGCUGGAGUGCGGUUGCAGUGA